AUGAGACUCUUGAAGGUAGACCGAUCAAUCAAACAUCAUGUGGGGAUACUUUAUGACAUCUUGGUAAAGGUUAACCGAUUCAUUUUCCAGACUGAUUUUGUCAUUCUCGAUUGUGAAAUAGAUGUUGAAAUUCCCAUUAUCUUAGGAAGACCAUUCUUGGCAAUCGGGAGAGCAUUGGCGGAUGUUGAAAGUGAAGAAUUGAAGUUUAGGGUGAACGAAGAUGAAGUAACCUUUAAUGUUUGUACUAAAGUGGUUGUUUACACUGAUCAUGUUGCACUACGGUACCCAAUGGCAAAGAACGAUGCCAAGCUAAGAUUGAUAAGAUUGGAAGGCAAGGAUAAUGACGAGCUGGAGAUCGACAUAAAUUAUUAUUUUCCCGAUGAACAGGUAUUCACGGUAACUCUCAAACAACCUUCUUGGUAUGCUGAUUUUACAAAUUAUGUAGUGUAUCGGUUAAUGCCGGAUAAACUGAACUUCCAUCAACAAAAGAGGUUCUUGUUUGAUGUUAAGAAGUACAUUUGGGAUGAACCAUAUUUAUUCAGAGAGUGUGCAGACCAUAUCAUUAGGAGAUGUGUUACGGAAGAAGAAGCCAUCGAAAUCCUCCAUGCUUAUCAUGUUUCACCUGUUAGGGGUCAACAUGGUGGUGUACGUACAACUACUAAUGUUCUCCAACGUAGGUACUAUUGGCCGCCUCUCUACAAGGAUGCUCAUGAGUUUGUUAAGAAGUGA